AAGGCAGGAACCAAGAGGAUGUAAGACCAGGUAAGCGUAUCCAGUCCAGUCACCAAGGUGCGGGGGCCUAAUCAAGGCGCAAUGCCAUGCAUGUUUUGGCUUAGGCACAGUGAGAAAAGCAUAUUCUCUUCAUCUUUUCCUAAUUGUGCUGCUGUUAUGUUCAUCGUUCACACCGCACGGAGCCGUGCAUACCCAGGGAUAGGGCCGAAGGUGAGACCCAAGUCCCGUGGCUCGCAGGUUUUGGCCCAAACAGGUAUCUUAAGAGGCUCUAAGCCUCUGGCCGAUCGGCCUGAUCGACCAGGCAAAGGGCGUCUUCCACUUUGUGGAAGCCGAUAUCCUCUGUCAGCGAAAAAGUGUCGUCUGUUUAGUAGAUCGCCUGUGACUAAUUAUAACUUCCAACAUCUGAACCAGGUAAAGUCUUUCCCGACAGCUAAGACAAUUGCCAUGCCACUUGCUGAUUGCACAGCGUUCCCGCACCUUAGCCCUACCGGACAUCCAAUAAUGACCCCUGAUUACCAGGACCACAGUGACUCGUCCAUACUCGAUGCCGGGAGUCCGUGUUGUCAACCACAGAUCUCUCGAGCUGUGGUGCCUUUGGUGCGGCCGCCAGUGCGAAUGAGAAGAGUCAAGACUAAACGACUAAUCAGCGCUAACCGGUGUUCGGAACUUGAUUCUGCUGUUAUUGGCUCUUGUGCCAAGCCUCGUAUACAUCUAACUAUAUGCAGCCAAGUCCAAGCCCACAAGAAGGUUCGGGAGCCCUAGGUACCAAGCAGCGAACAACCGGUAUGAAGGUAUGUGUCUCAGCACAGCAUCAUACCAACAGAUAUCUCUCGCGGCCACUGGC